AUAACAAGCAGCGGAUCUGAGCUGCUGUUACCAGCGCUGUCAACCAUAGACGGAUAAUACGCUGAAAACAUUAGCGGCAGCUUCUCGGAAGACUUGUGGUUCAGCAGCGACGGAGGGGACGCGCUUUUCUAUCGGCGGUGUUUGUUUAUGUGCAGCGGACUGGUCGGCUGGAGUUAGUCUGAGAUCUGUCUCUGUCCGUGGAUUAACAACACACAGACUCCGGGGACAAGAAGAAGCGCUGUGAUACCGAUUUAAGAGUGAAAUUGUGGAUUAUUCCCCUGCAUCACGUGUGAAUACUUGUGUUUUGGGAGUUUCCCCAGUUCGUGGGGGUAUAACAAACUCUAAAUUCAGUAAAAGUCCGUGAAGACCAGCGGACACUUGUUGAAACACAGUUUACCGAGCAGACCUUUUGCUGCCCAGCUGCUCGGGAGCUUUGCUAACGUUUUAGCGCGAUUUAGCCACCGAGGCUAACAACUUUCUCCAACUGUAGCGCUAUAAAUCUGCUGCAAACUGCUUUUAACGAGUGUCUGUUAGAUGUUGAACUAAGUGUCGACAAGUUGGCAAAGUGUGUUGGUCCAGAUCGUUGAGAUGGCGCUUACAGCAGCUUAGCUAACUGGGCUAGCUGCAGCCGUCCACCUCCAGCGGUAUGUUAGCGUGACGGCUAACGCUAUGCUAACGCUACAUUCAAACAAGUGGUUCCAAUAUGAAGUUAUAUUGUGCCAUUAACUUCCUUUAAACAACACGUUGGUCAUUUAGAGAUUGUUUGGAGUUAACUUAUAAACACAUAAUUUGCAAAGGCUUCAUUUAGUUCGCUCUUUAAGCAGAAGACAACUUUUUUAACGGGAGCUUUAAGGUUAGCUUAGCCACGCUAGCUGCUAGCUCGGCUUACAGUAACAGUUGCGAUUCUGCAGCCAGGAGAGUUAGAAUAACUUUGGUCAGCCACUGAUGCGUGCUAUGUGUUUAAAACGCUGAUUUAUUCACAGUCACAGCACCUUGACAUACUUUGGACACUAGAGUCCCAGCGCCGUUCACCACUUUCCCCCCCACACAAGUAGCUGAAGUAGUUAAUAAGUGCGGCCCGCACGAUGUCCGGCUCCCCGGGCACAGGUGGCUCCAACCCCAGGAAGUUCAGCGAAAAGAUCGCGCUGCACAACCAGAAGCAAGCAGAGGAGACGCGGGCCUUUGAGCAGCUGAUGACAGACCUCACUGUUUCAAGGGUCCAGUUUCAGAAGGUCCAGCAGCUUCGUUUGACUCAAUCUCGGGCACAGUACUAUGGCUCUCUGCCGAACGUCAAUCAGAUCGGCAACACCAGCACCGAAUUCCAGGGUGGCUUUCCAUCAGGACUGGACUCGGUCAGAGGGACGCGCCACCACGGACUGGUGGAGAGGGUCCACAGGGACCGCAACCGCAUCAACUCUCCCCACCGCCGACCCAUCGACAAGCACGGGCGGCAGAUAGAGAGCUCUCCGUACGGAGCAGUGUACCUGUCCCCACCCCUGGACAACAACUGGAGAAGGGAACAGCAGCCAUGGACUGAGGAAAAACGGCCUGGGUUUAGAUUAAUAUCACAACUCAACAGAACCAACUCAGACUCCGCUCUUCAUACAAGCGCUAUGAACCCAAACCCUCAGGACCCCUUUGGCAUGAACCAGCAGAUGGGUCGAGGUCCCCCCCAGCGCAAUGGCUGGCAUGCAGCUAGUCUAAACGAGGCCGAGGUGGACGGCUCCGGAAAUGUCUUCUCCUUCCCCAGCCUGACUAACGAGGAGAAUCUAAUAGGUGUCAGUAAGCCCCUUCCCAAGCAGCUGUGGGAGGCCAAGAAGGUCCAGUCUCUGGCGUCAAGGCCUAAAUCAUGUGAAGUGCCUGGAAUCAAUAUAUUCCCGUCUCCAGAGCAGAACCCCGGUCUGUCCCAGUACCAGGGCGUGUUAAACACCGGCGGCUCGCUGCCCGACCUCAGCAACCUGCACUUCACCUCGCCGCUCUCCACCCCGCUGGACCCCGAGGACAAUGGAGGCUACCCCAACCUCAGCGGGGGCAGCAGCACCGGAAACCUGCCGGCCGCCAUGAUGCACCUCGGCAUCGGAAACUCACAGGGUCUCUCCUCCUCUCUGAGCAACCCCUCCAUCCAGGCGUCCCUCAACAACUGCCAGCUGCAGUCGUCGCUCAGCAAUCCCUCCAUCAACUCUUCCCUGCGUCUGUCCAGCAACUCCCCCCGGCGGCGGCCCGCUCCCAUCAGCCCCCUCACCCUGUCUCCUGGCACCGAGCAGCGCAGGGGUCUUGGCAAGCAGCUGUCUCCCACCAUGUCCCCCUCGCUGUCCCCCAUCACACAGGGAGUCGCUCUGGACACCAGCAACAUGCCAAGGGAGCCGCCCCCACCUUACCCACUCUACCAGCAGCCACAGCAUGCAGUGGACCAGGGCCGGCAGCGGCAGCAGCAGCACCACCAGCAGCACCAGCAGCAGCAGCAGCAACAACAACAACAACAACAACAACAGCAGCAGCAGCAGCCCAUCUCCCCCCUUCAGAGCAUCCCACUGGACUUCAACACGAGCCAACACAACAACAUGGCGACUCUCUUCAACGACCCCUUCAUGGAGCCUCAGUACUCCAACCGCCAGACCAAGAGCCUCCCCUACCAGGCACAGUUGGACCAGUUCACUCUGCUGGAGAACGCCAUGAGCACCACAGUGGGGGGUUCGUGCUUUGACCCCUCCUCCUCCCUGCUCUACUACUCACAGGCCACCCUCUCGGGGCUGGGCGGUAGCCACGGCAACCUGCAGGACCAGAUGCACAUGAGGUCCAACAUGUUGUACUCCAACUGCAGCGGAGGACUGCCCAACAUCAUACUCACAGAUGACUCCAACCCCAGUCUGUCAAAGGACAUCAGCAGCGCGCUCUCCACGGUGCCGGAGUGCUUUGACUCGGAGGGAGGCUUCCCGUUGGAGGACGAGCUGCGCAUCGAGCCCCUGAGCCUGGAUGGUCUGAGCAUGCUCAGUGACCCCGACAUGGUGCUGCCGGACCCGUCUGUGGAGGACACUUUCCGCAGUGACAGACUCUGAGCACGGAGAGCGUCACAGGUUCGGAGACAGAGAACGCACAGAUGGAUUUGCGGUGUAUAGCGUGUACAAAUCUGAAUAUGCAUGCAAACAAUCUCUAUAGGGCCACUGUGCAUGCAACCACUGCCACUAAGACUCAUUAAAUGUGAACGACACCAGUCAUGCACACACGCUUUUUACAGAGGAGGACUCGUGAACAGUUUACACCUGCUUCAUGCAAAGUUACCGUCGCACACGCUCGAGCUUGUCUACAUUAUUCUAAACGAGGUGAAUCCAUGCAGUUUUUAAUGGCAGCAGCUCUGAGAGUGUGCUGUCCUCCUGCCGCCUCGAACCAAAAAGACUCGGACACGUGAGACAAUCCCACUUCUCUCUCUCUCGCUGUCUCUCUCUCUCUCUCUCAUCACCAAGCUCAAAGCCCCCCUGAAGCCAUGGCAACCCCCGUCGCCAUGGUUACACGUCAUAGCAACCCCAUCGCCGCGCUGAAGAGCAGCAGGAAUGCCAACACACGCAUUUACUUUCUUUACAGCUCCAGUAAACGAGGGAAACGGGAGCUGAAACAUCUGCCGUGUCAUGGACACUUCAGGCUCUGGAACAAUUGUGGUAGAAAUGAAGACUAGAGAGAUUAGAGCUUUUUUUUUCUUUUUAAUUGUUUAUUUCUUUAUCAGAUUAUUUUUUGAGAUGUUUGCCACAGAUCUAUAAAUAUAAAUAUAUAUACAUAUAUAUACACAUAUAUAUAUAUACAUAUAUAUAAAAAGCCUCAAUUUCAGUCUGAUUAGAAUGUAUUUUCAAACUCGAAAACAAAAAGGGCAAACUGUUUACAAAGAUGAGAUUUUAAUAAGUAAAUAUUACUUAAAGAGUAUUUUGAAUUUCUAAUCAAGAGAUACACUUCGAAGAUGUAUUGAAUAUAUUUUCCUUGCGAUUUGAUUCUCUCCUCCUCCUCGGACACAGAUGAGUCGGCUAUGGUUUCCUCUGGCAGAACUUUGACAGCACUGGGACGGCGUCAAAAACCCACUUUAUAAAAAAAGAAAAAACUCAAAAUGUUCUUGUUUUUUGACUUGUUUGUACAUUCACUGCGUAUGUUUAUUUUACAUUUUGUACUGACUUGUAAUGCCGCUUUUACUGUACUUUAAAUCUCGUUGUGAUUAAGGGCAUGCGCUGUGCUACUGUGGAUCGAUUACGCCCCCAAAUAUCUGUUUGCAUCUGGCUUCCUGUCCUCCUGCAGUGACCCCGCCCCCCGCUGUGACUCACUCAGAGAGCAGACUAUAGACACGUGGACAUCGGACAUCAUGUAACAUUGCACUUAAAACUCUUUUGCACUAAUUGGUUCACAGUGUGUAGAUUUUUGCACCUGGUAAGAUGUUGUUUUUUUUUGCCUGAAACCCAAAGAAGUUUAAUGAAGCCAUGUGAGACUUUGUGUCACUGCACAUACAAACAUUUCAAAACACCCGCAAGAAGUGUUUAAUUUUGAUAUGAUGUGACAAAAUUUUUUAUUUCUAGGCUUUGAUUAUAUAGUCCUAUAGUUAUAUGUCUUUGUAAAGAGCUCUUAUUAGCAGUUGAUUAUGUAAUAACUCGGCCAUUAAGGGCAUUGAGUGCCCCCUAGUGUCUGUUUUAUGUUUCUGAGAAGAAUUUGGAGCAAAUUUUGCCUCUUUCAGCUAUGCAACUUCUUUUUUCAAUUCAGUGAGACCUGUUGAACAGGUGCAACUUGUACAUUAUGCAGUGUAAACGUGGCUUGCAGGUUGAUUUCAUGUGCACAAUGUGGGGGAUCAAAUUAGCUAGAAAAUCACAAUAUUACAUGUGUCCAGUGUCCACAGUGCGUUGACUCUGUCAGAAAGAACAAGAUGGUCUCAAGAAACUUUUGGACUGCAGGUGCACGGCACUGUUUGUUCGUGUUUAUUUCUUAUUUUUCCUUCUCAGUCAGAGGGAGUCGUACCUGCACUGUGUGAAAGAGAUUCAGUGUGAUUAUUUGUCAAAUGAAGAGGGGUCGUUAGGGUUGAUUUCAAAGAGUUUAUAUUGAAUACUUUACCUGCUCUCUUGUCGGCUCUUUAAAUAAGACAGUGGGUUAGCGAUGGAGCCACUUUGCAGUUUAGUCCUCCUGUCGUUGAUGAUGUCUCCUCUGUCCCAGCCCGGCCCCUGCUGUCUAAACGCCUGCCUUCUGCUGCCUUACUUUGUUGUAUUUUGACUUUUCAUAUUCCAGCAGUAACCUGUAUCAGCUAGUAAUAACCUCCCUUUAGCUUUAGCUCUGUUUGGUACUAACUGCCCAUUCUGUCUCUUAGUCUCACUGUUUCACUCGUUUUAUUUUUUGGUGUCUUACUUUUUUUAGUUGCAUAUUAAAAAAAAAUGUACAGUUCUGUUAUUUAAAUAAUGUUUUGUCCACUAGUGUUACUACUUUUUUUUUGUAAUGUCAUUUGAGUUUGUUUCCCCCCCAAGAUAUAAAAUGUUAUUGGUUUGUAACAUAUGUUAUAGUGCUUAUCUUUCUGAUUUAAUAUAAACAAUAAAACUCUAUACUGUG